AUAUUCACAUCUAAUGAAUCUGGAAAUGGUAAGAGUGUUACCAAAUAGGGGUACGACUCAUGAGUCAUGGCUAUAGCAAUAAAAUAAAGUACUCUAAUUCUUAUCCUCAAAAUUAUAUCGGGAACCCUCUCGAAAAAGUAAAGUGAUAUUUCAAUGGCGAAGGUUGCAGGCAGUGGUAGCAGUUCUAGAUGGUCUCUUUCAGGGUUUACCGCUCUCGUAACCGGCGGGACACGUGGAAUUGGGCAUGCGGUUGUGGAAGAAUUAGCGGAACUGGGUGCCACAGUGUACACUUGUUCACGUAAUGAAGCCGAGCUCAACGAGCGCUUGCAAGAGUGGGCCGCUAAAGGCCUUCAAGUGAAAGGUUCUGUUUGCGAUGCAUCUUCCAGGGAAAACAGAGUUCAGCUUAUGGAGAAUGUCUCCUCGGCUUUCGACGGAAAGCUGAACAUUCUUAUAAGCAAUGUGGGAACUAACAUUCGGAAGCCCACCACCGAUUAUACUGCUGAAGAAUAUGCUGGUCUGUUUGCUACCAACUUAGAAUCUGCAUACCAUCUGUGUCAACUUGCUCACCCUCUUUUGAGAGCAUCUGGAAAUGGAUCGGUGGUCUUUAUCUCUUCUGUUGCUGGUCUGGUGCACAUAUCCUCCGGUUCUAUCUAUGGAGCAACAAAGGGGGCAAUGAAUCAGCUCACACGUAAUCUGGCUUGUGAAUGGGCUAAAGAUAGCAUUCGGGUUAAUGGUGUUGCCCCAUGGUAUAUAAGGACGUCUUUGGUAGAACAUUUGCUUGAAAAGAAAACUUUUUUGGAUGGAGUCAUAUCUAGAACUCCCCUUAGACGUCCUGGAGAAUCUCGAGAAGUUUCAUCCCUCGUAGCUUAUUUAUGUCUACCUGGGGCAUCUUACAUUACCGGGCAAGUUAUAGCGGUUGAUGGAGGAUUCACAGUCAAUGGGUUUGAAAUGCCAAGUUUUUGAUUUUUGUGCCUCGUCUAGAGAUGAGGUAUUUUCUUUUAUAUUCCAGCAAUUACAGGAAGUCCUGAAAAGCAAAUUCAGUAAAGGCAUCAGAUGAUAGUUCCUUCUCUAGGUGCAGAGGAUAACCUGCAUAUGAUCUGCAAAACUUCUAGUGAGAUGAUACAAGUGAGACUUAUAUGUAACCUUUACCUUUACCGAAAAAAGCGCGACGUAAGUUAGUCUAAACAGUUAUGCAGGUUGUUAGGAAAUGUAGCAUACCUUUCUUUGCUCUUCUGUUUUAUGAUAGAAUUUUGUUUUUGACUUGGCUCGAAACAACUUUAAUGAUGGUAUUAGUAUUGUGUAGAAAA